UCUCCGCCGGGCGUUUGGGCUCGGCCGCGCCUGCCGGGGCCCCCGCGCGCAGCACUGCCGAGGACGAGGAGCGGCUGGAGCGCGAGCACUUCUGGAAGGUCAUCAACGCGUUCCGCUACUACGGCACCAGUAUGCACGAACGAGUGAACCGAACAGAAAGACAAUUUCGAUCACUUCCACAUAACCAGCAGCAACUGCUUCCUCGCUUUCCUCUUCACUUGGACGAGAUCCGGAAAUGCAUUGAUCAUAAUCAGGAAAUACUGCUGACCAUUGUGAAUGAUUGCAUACAUAUGUUUGAAAAUAAAGAAUAUGGAGAAGAUGGUAAUGGAAAGAUUACGCCAGCAUCUACUUUUGACAUGGACAAGUUAAAAUCUACGUUGAAACAGUUUGUAAGAGACUGGAGUGAAACUGGGAAAACAGAAAGGGAUGCCUGCUAUAAGCCAAUCAUAAAAGAAAUUAUAAAAAACUUUCCAAAAGAGAGAUGGGAUCCUUCUAAAGUAAAUAUUCUGGUACCUGGUGCUGGACUAGGAAGAUUGGCCUGGGAAAUAGCUAUGCUAGGUUAUGCUUGUCAAGGAAAUGAAUGGAGUUUUUUUAUGCUCUUUUCUUCCAACUUUGUACUCAACAGAUGUUCUGAAAUUAACAAAUAUCAACUUUAUCCCUGGAUCCAUCAGUUUAGCAAUAAUCGGAGAUCAGCUGAUCAGAUUCGACCCAUUUUUUUCCCUGAUGUUGACCCCCACAGUCUUCCUCCAGGUUCUAACUUUUCAAUGACAGCAGGAGACUUUCAGGAGAUUUACUCAGAAUGCAAUACCUGGGACUGCAUUGCCACCUGUUUCUUCAUAGACACAGCUCACAAUGUAAUUGAUUAUAUCGAUACAAUAUGGAGAAUACUCAAGCCAGGUGGAAUUUGGAUAAACCUUGGUCCUCUACUAUACCAUUUUGAAAAUCUGGCAAAUGAACUUUCUAUAGAAUUGAGCUAUGAGGAUAUUAAAAAUGUUGUUCUGCAGUAUGGAUUCCAACUGGAGGUGGAAAAAGAAUCUGUAUUGUCAACAUAUACUGUGAAUGAUCUCUCCAUGAUGAAAUACUACUAUGAAUGUGUCUUGUUUGUAGUCCGGAAGCCACAGUAAUGGUCUUAAGUGAUAUUACCCAGAAAAAAGUUUAAUAUGAGCAAAUACUGAAAUAAACAACUCACAGUCAACUAUCAGUGACAGCAGGACACAACCUCAAAUCAGUGGUGCCUUCUUAUUCCUAACAAAAAUUUAGAAAUAGUGUCUAUUUUCUUAAUAAUAUCUAUUGCUUUUUUCAGAAAUACACUAUACGAUGCAGAUUUGUACUGCACAAGAAAAAUAACAGAGAAAAUGUCUCCCGUGCAGAUAUAUAAUGGAGGAAAUAUCUUCAAGUACUUUUUUCUUUGAAGCCCAGAAUUGUCUUUCUUUAAGAAAAUAAACCUAAACUCCCAUCUUCAUGAAGCUGUUGCAAGUCUGCCAUAUUAAUGACCGAUAGUGCUAAAGUCCACACUAAUCUCCUUUUGAGGUUUUACGUUGCCCGUAUUUCUUUUAGAAGAGUCUAAGGAUCCUCUGUCAUAUUCAGCAUCUGGAACUGGAACUUUGUUUUCAUUGGACCUAAAUAACCUAUACUUAAAGAACUUUGAAACUGUUCUUUCAUUAUUCAAAUUUGUUUUUUUUUCUUAGCUCAGCUGAAUUUAAAGAGGCAUCAAAUAUGUCUUCUAUGGAAUACCAAUUCAGUUGUAUCACAGGUGAAAGAAAAUUCAAUGAAAUAUAAUCAACAGAGAAAAUCA